AUUUGUAUUUAUAUCAGACUUGCAGACAAUGGAGAAACUAGAACGAGCUACCCACCUUGCUUCCUUCCUUUGAUUCAUGAUCAUCAAAAUAAAGCUUUUGGAAAACCCAAUUCAGCUUCUAAGAGUUUGUAUCUCUUGAAUCCUUCCUCCCUUCCUUCCUUUCUGGAAACGAAGUCAAUUUGUUGCUUUUCUCCAUUUGAAAUCUUCAGAAAAAAUGGCUGAUGGAGGUCUGACGGUGCUUGAUGGGUCACACCUCAGAACCAUGGAUCCCCAUCUCCCAGAAUCUGAUGGUUUCUUUACGGGAGCUCAGGUUCUUGAUAUUGCAGAAUCACAAGUGUCUUCCUCGCUCUUUGGCCUCUUAUUGCCGGAGACCCUAAAGACUGCCGCACUCCAACGCAUAAACCUUGACAUUGAGAGUUUUAGUAACGCACAACUCGACACGGAGCAAGCUUCUUCUAAGCUUCAAGAUUAUGUGAUCGCUAUUGCGUCCGAAUUGAGAGAUGAUCCACUUGUCGUAUCGGUUUUGGAUGGAAGCCCUCUUAGACUGUUCUUGGAGGAUGAAGAUGAUUUCGCCAUGCUAGCAGAGAAUCUCUUUACGGAUUUAGAUACUGAGGAUAAGGGGAAGAUCCGGAAAAAUCAGAUAAGAAAUGCUCUUGUUCGUAUGGGAGUAGAAAUGGGCGUUCCUCCCUUCUCAGAAUUCUCUCAACUAGAAGAUAUCCUGAAGAAACAUGAAGCUGAGGGGGAAGAAGAAUUGGGUCAGGCACAAUUCGCACAACUACUUCAGCUUGUACUACAGGAUUUAGCAGAUGUCCUGGCCAAAAAGAACAUUGUUGUCAUCCAGAAGAGUAAGAUCAUCAAUGGCUCAAAGCUAAAAAAGUUCAUGGCUGAUGAAGAAAAACUGAAUGAUGAGAUAGAAAAGGUGUUCCAAUGUGGUAGCGGUGAAGGAUGGAGCACAGAAAUAAUCAGGAGUUAUCUUGAGAAAAAUGGACAAAACAUGGGCCUACCACCAUCAGAAGCCAAUGAAACAGAGGUUCUUUAUGAUCAGGUGUUUGCUGAUGUAGAAAAAGGAGAAAACAGUGAGAAAUUAGGUAGAGAUGAGUAUGAGGGGAUUCUGAAGGUUAUUCUUGAGAAAUUUGCAGAACAGCUUGAAGUUAACCCUGUCUUUCAAGAUCUUGACAGUUAAAGCAGGUCGACGCGGUUAAUUCUAUUUGAUUCCAGAAAUUGAUGUUGUUAAUAUAGUAUGCAACACAAAUGAAAUCUCUUGUGAGUAUGUUCAUAUGCCCCCACCAGCUUUUUGAGCCAUUUGGGUCAUCUUAGAUAUAUAUAUUUCAUAAUGUAUUGUCCCAAAUAAUUUCUAAAUGAUAUAUUUUACCCUGUGAUGUUCUCUC